AUGUCUUCACGAUCGCGCUCGUCAUCGGCCUCCUCGCCAUCCUCCCGCAGAAGUCGCUCCGUUGUUGGCUUCUUCCCCAACCGCAUGACCUUUUAUGCAAAGGAGAGCAGCGGGAACUGGUUUUCUCGUUACAAGGAGAUCCAACCGCACCAAUGGCGGUCCGUGGCGGUCAGGAUCAUGGCAUAUGCAACGGGCGCGCCUCCCAACGCGACGGUCGUCAAGAAGAAGUCGCGGGUUCAGCCUGAGACGUUGGAGCCCAUGGACGGUCUGGCCGAGUUUCACAGUCGCCUCUUUUGGAUAACAGUUUACGACAAUGGCGAGGCUAUGCCGGCAGAAAUGGUCGAAGAUAUUCCGCGGCAAAACAUGCAUUACGAAGAGCAGGGAGCAUAUGCUUCGGCGCCUGCGGGGGGACAUGUUCAGCAGCUGGGAACCCGGGAGAGGCUUGCAGAUGACAAUGGGUAUCCGGGAGGCGGCUUCAAUGCGCGGCCAAAUCAACCGGCAAUACCAGUCGUUACUGUCAGCGCGUCCGAUUCCAAGAGCCAACAGCAGAGAGCCAGGAGUUGA